AUGGAGAUUCUUCCGAUACUUGAGAGGAAUGACUCACCAAAAUUAAACGUAUGGUAUGUUCUGUCGCCUGAAGGUGAUGUCCCAUGCGUGAGAGUAGGCCACACAUGUAAUUUCGUUUCUGAACCUCCUCGUGUGUUGGUUAUUGGUGGCGCCAAUCCCGAUGGAUCGUUCGCUGAUGUGUAUAUAUUGGAUCUAGGUUUGUUUUAAAGUUUUUGAGUCCCUAUAUUCCUAUGGAAAAACCUUCCUAAAAUUAUCCCCACGAGUCCGGAUAAUCGAGGUUCGACUGUAUAAUUGUAUGUGUUUAUUGAUAUUCAAUAAGUCCUGAAAGGAUUGCUCUUGGUAAUAGUACCAGUUAUUCUUCAACCUGGAGGGAAGUUAUCUUUAGAUUUAAAACAGUUUUUAUAAUCAACAUAUGGGAAUAAAGACGUUCUAUGUUGUUAAGCUAUUGUUUCAUUUUUGUAGAUAAGUUUCAAUGGAGUAAACCAGACUGGCCAGGUAUUAGCAGUCGUUAUGAACAUUCAGCUUUUAUUCCUGAUUGUGAUCAAAAGAAAGUUUAUGUAUUUGGUGGAGCUCAGCAAGCCACAAACUUGAAUGACGUUCAAAUUCUUGACCAAGGUACGUGGCACUCGUAAUGAUAAUAAAGCUACUCUAAAAUGUAUUCAUCACUCAACUAGAGCUUCGUCAAGAUGGUAUAAUUUUGGCCAAGUUUGCUUUAUUUUGUUUCCUUUAUUAUUUUUAUUUUGUUUAUCUAUUCAUACAUAAGAUUAAGUUUAGCACUCUAAAAUUGAGCAUCUACUGCUUCAAAAAAAUUUUUAGCAAUUGCAAAAGUGGUCUAAAGAAAAAAUAAAACUCCCCCAAAAUUAUCACUUGAUAAUUAAAACUACCUUGUACCAGUGUGUGUAUAACUCUGUUAAGUUCAAGGGUACACUGUGAAUCAAACAGAUUUUUUCAUGUUUAAAGUUUUGUGGCUUCUACCUAAAGUUACCAAUAAUGACAAGUAGUAAGAUUGAAACAUAGUUGGAGACAGUAAUGUUAAGAAAAGCAGUCAAUAACUUAAAGAUGUUAAAACAUUAUCAGUUGAAUUAAGUUGCCUUUUUCACUACUUGGUAGAAAAUGGCAAAUGGGAAACAGCUGAAACACAUGGAAAUACACCAUCACCAAGAACCUGCCACAGCAUGGCAUCUGUUGGCAGUAAGUUCUAUGUGUUUGGUGGAGGAUUAAGUGGUCCUGACCCUGUUCCUGAUGUAGCAAUACACGUUUUUAAUGCUGGUGAGUUCAGGAACGACGUGGAAACAUGUUAAGAAGCAUUGUUUGGAAUUUGUGCUUAUAAUUUCUAUGUAAACAGCAACAUCAAAGUAUUUGAAUCCAGGCUAGUUGUACUAAUUUUUCAAUAUGAUAUGGUUUUGUGAAUUACAACAAGUUUAACAUAUAGAUUCUGUGUAGCUAUGUGUCUGUUGAGUAAUAGAUAACAGAGGAUGUCAGUAUGUGGUAAGAACUAAAAAGUAGUACACGAGGUGCAGCCAAGUGUGUCAUGAAUGUUGUAAACCACAUUUUGAUGUCUUCUGUGAUCUAUUCUGAAACAGACACACAGCAACAUGCAAUCUAUUUGUUUUAUUUGGUAAAAAAGAAAAACAUUGUCAAUUGUUAUGCCAUCCAUGUGUCCGUCCUCCCAUAGAUCAUAAGUAUGAACCAAUCAAAAUGCAUAUAUAAUAUUAAUCCUUUGAGCCCCAAGGAUGACCAGCAUCCAAUUUCUCCUUACAUUAUCACCCCUGAAUCAAACAUUUAGGUCACAAGAAUAGAGGAAAUGAUCAUCGACUAAAGGCGUUUUUGAUUGUUAAACAAAUUCUCCUUAUCAGCACCACAGGAGAUGUAUAGAGAACAGUAUGGAGAAAAUGCAUUUGGAUGUUAGGGUGUAAAGGGUUAGCAAAAAAAUGGAGUGUCUGUUCAGUCACCUCCUUCACACCCCCUUUCCCAUUUUUCAUGAACUGAGCAUCUUAUAAGAAAGUGUUUUUACAACUGUUCCAACUCUACAAUUGCAGGUACUGAAUGCUGCAGAAUUUACUAAUGAGGAAUUAAUAUAUCUAUAUUUUUGUUAAUUUUCAGAGGACAACAGUUGGAGUCAACCUGAUGUAAGUGGAAAUCCUCCAUGUUCCAGACAUGGUCACAUAUCAGUGGCAGUCGGAAUUUAUAUCUAUAUUCAUGGUGGAAUGGCUGGCACUAAUAUCUUUGAUGAUCUCUAUAAAUUUGACACUGGUAAGAGGAAACCUAUAAUACUCCAUCAGUGUUGGGGCUAAGUGCCAGCUGCUGGUGAAAUUUUCCUGGAGAAAAUGACCUUUGCUUUGUAAUUUAUCAAUUUCAUCAUUCAUCGAAUGAGAUCCUAAAAGAAUCAAAUGACAAGCCCAAUAAACUAUUAAAAAUUAAUUUUUAGGAAUGAAAUAUGUUUUAUUGGAAACUAAAUGAUGAUGUAAACCAAUGUACUGGUACUUUUGAAAAUUACACUCAUCUCUUUAUAUUCAGUGAAUCACACUUGGAGUAAACUUCAACAAAAGGGUCAUGCCCCAUCCUCACGCACAGCACAUGCUGCAACAUCCAUAGGAAAAAAAGUGUUUAUCCAUGGUGGAAUGAGUGCAGUGGGAGCUGCAUUGGAUGAUGUGUAUUCUUUAGAUACAGGUUGAUAAUUUUAUUUUUUUAACUUGUCUAUUGAUGAAUAGACACUUUCUCUACAGUUCAUUUCAUUAUUUAGUGUACGAAACACAUGAAGGCAGAUGCCAUUUGUGUUUUUGUGGUGCAUGAUGGUUUGAAAAGUUUUCAAAUCACUAGAAGUGACCAUAAAUCACAAAUACACAGGCAGUUUGUGGGAUUAUUUUGAUUAUUACAUCCUCAAUGAAAAUCACUCUCUUAUGCUACUCUGUACUUUCUUAGAGCACAUUAGGAGAAACACUUUGCAACAAUUUUGAAAAUGCUUGAGCAUGUUCCUAAAAUUGUAGACAGUGAUUGUGGUGCACAAACUAAGCAAUGUGUUUUUCAAACUAUUUUCAAAGUUGUACUGUUUUAUCCAUCUUUUAAUACUGUACUCAAAAUCUGUUAUAAAACAAUGCAGAAACCCAUAUUGUUGUCAAUAACCUAUUUGUACAUCCAUCAUUGACCAAUUAGAUAGUAAUGUUAAUUAAAGUAAACAGCUAUUUGCACAACUACUCUGAGAUUCACUAUCCACGGAAAGAAAAUGGUCUCAGAAAACUGUAUACUAAUUUGUUGAGGGUAUAAUUGUUAUGACCUCUAAUAAUUUAAAUAUAUCUGAGGUAAUGACUGAUGUGCUUUUUUCUUUAUUUAAGAAACCUUAAGAUGGACACAGAUAUCAAUUGACGGACCCAGUCCUGCACCACGACUUGAUCACACUCUUUGUGCAGUGGAAAUUCCUAAGCCAUCAGGUACUCACAGCAAUGGUGAAUUUUCCAUUAACCAAUGUUAUGACAGCAUAAUGCAUAAUAAUGUCCUUGUUAAAUAAAGAAAAGUGUGAGAUGUUUCAAGCAAAUGCUGGAGUAAAACAAAAAGUUAAUACAGUCUUCUGUUAUCUGUUGUUUUAUAUCAGGUGACAGUACAGCUGAAACUGAAGAAGAAAAGGAUAGAGAGAUAUUACUGUUGGUGUUUGGUGGAAUGGACACACAAGGAGAAAUUUUCAAUGACUGCUUAGUUUUAAGACCUGAAAUUGUAAAUAAAAACUGAUAAAUUUUUUUUUAAGGAGGCUUUGUUGUGUUCAAAGAUCUGAGUGUGAAUUGAUCUGUGUAAAGUGGUAGUCAUUACUGUUGUGUAUUAGGGUUCAUUAUAUACUACUAUGGAGUAAAGUGUGCACAGACCAAGUGCUCUACACAACUGCUUUAUUAGAAUACCAUGGAGUUUAUUACACACAAUGAUAUUGAGCAUUAUCACAUGACUGUGGUCAAGGGUGGGCUAACCAAUAGAAUAAAGAUUAUGUAAUAGCUAAAGUAUUUAUCCAAAUAGG